AUGGAACAGACACGCGUCGUCAUCGCAGGUGCAGGACCGGUAGGCUUGUUCACAGCCUAUCUCCUCGCCCGUCAAAAGAUUAAGUGCAUCAUCUUGGAGAGACGUCACAGCAUAUCAGAGCACCCGAAAGCCCACACCAUCAACCCGUCGACACUCGAAAUCUUUCGCCAGGCUGGCUUGGAUGUAGCCUACAUUCGACGACAGGCAGCCAACCCAAAAGAUGUCGGACAUGUUCGGCUUGUCUACGGCUUGGCCGAUACUGAGAUUGGCUGCUUCCCCUACGAACGCCAGGGCGACGAGAUGCGCAACUUGACGGCUGAGCCUUUGGUCAACUGGCCGCAGCCGCAGCUAGAGCGGCUGCUUGAGAAGGCUGUACUCGAGACGGGCCUCGCUGAAAUCAGAAGAGGGUGGCAAGUCGACUCCGUCGACAUCACCGAUACAGAGGAAGCUGGCUGUAUCGUCUCAUGCAGCACUUCUACUGGACGAGGAAACGACAUUAGCACCGAGAGACACAGCAUCCAGGCUGAUUUCAUCAUCGGAGCCGACGGCGUCAACUCGACCGUGCGAGCAAAGACAGCCGGCAUCGACUUCCGAUCCAUGGGACCAGGCCACGUCUAUCAGUCCAUCGUCUGCAAAGGCAGUCUUCGCGCCGCGCUUCCGCCGGGUCGCGAGGCCAUGCUCUACUUCUGCUUCCACCCAGAGCACCCCAGCGAGUUCAUCGCACACAACCUCGACGACUCCUUUGUUCACGUCACCCCUGUCAUGGGUCCGUCGUCGGAGGCACCGCCAAUCGAGGCCUGUCUCCCGGGUCUGCAGUACUCGGAGGUCCUCCGUACCAUCUGGGAGACGGCACCGCGCGUGGCAUCAUCGUACAGCGACGCCAAGCACCACGUCUUUCUUGUGGGUGAUGCCGCGCACAGCUUGCCGCCUCAGGGCGGCCUGGGCCUCAACACGGGCAUCGCGGACGCACAUAACCUGGUGUGGAAGCUGUCUUCCGUCAUCUACGGAAAAGGCAGCCAAGACCUUCUCGCCAGCUUCACGCGCGAGCGUAGGCCCGUCGCACUGGCGAAUCUCGAGUACUCGAAGGCUAGCGAGGCAGCGUUCUACUCCGUCAGUACCUCUCUCGUUGGCCUCUCUAUUCAGUUCCAAGAAGCCAAGGCACAAGAAGCUCCGGGAUUGGACCUCGCCAUGGACGCGUUCCUCCAACGCCGCGCCGUUUCCGCUGCAGCGGGCGAAGCUGUCAAGGAGGCGAGUAGACACUUUGACUCGCUUGCACUCCAGCUCGGAUUCAUCUACGAUGACCCGUCCGCUACGAAAGCCUUGCUUGAUGACCCGACGGUCUAUGUGCCGCAAGCGUGUCCCGGGGCAAGGCUGCCGCACGGAAACACGAGAGAGGGGCUGUCUCUGUUGGACCUCGUGCCCUACGAUCGAUUUACCGUGCUGCACUGCGCAAACCCUGCAUUCGCGUCUUGCGACUGGGCUGUUGACGUGUCAGGCCUUGGUUUGCCGAAGAGUUGGUAUGGUGUGGUCCGGGAAAUCAAGGGCGGUAAAGGGAUCGUCGUGAGACCGGAUCACCGAGUGCUAGUGCAUGUAGAUAGUCCGGGGCAAGCGGACGCUGCGAUUGAAGAGUAUCUGAAUCAUGGGAAAGUGUAG